GCUCAGCUCGCAGACGAUUCGAGGAGGAAAAGCGAUCACGGCACCUUUGGGCAGUUGUAUGGUCAUUGUGCAUCAUGGAUCCGCCAUCGCCGUCCCAUCCAGCGUCUAUUGACGCUCCCUCCCCCUCCCAGCCGUGGAGCCGCAGCGAGUCAUUCUCUCAAGCUGGCGCUGACCCAGACAGACCCGGCAGCAGCAGCAGCAGCAGCAGCGCUGCGUCACCGAACCCGGUACAUGUACGCCACACAAAACAAACUCGUGCGGUCCGGUGCAGUGUCCUUGUGUGUCUGUCUGCGUGUCUGUCAGCGUCAGGAUGUGUCGCGUGACCAUCGCGCGCUGGUUGCCAUGCGAACCGAGGCGAUCAUUCGGCCUGACGAGGAUGUGAGGAUCCGCGUGUGUGGGUACGACUUCACCGUGAGUGCGUCAUCUCUGCAAUCGCUGCACGAGCAGCUCGUGUCGGCCGUGGGGACGGGCACGCUCAUUACGACCAUGUGGCAGACGAGUGUGGGCGGCGACGAGCAGAGGGAGACGGUGGAGGUGUCUUUGGAUGAGGAGUACGACAGGCAGGUCAAGUGGGACGUGGCGCAGAUGCUCGAGAGAUACCACAAGUGCGCUUGGCUCGAUAAAGCGGACGGUGCGGUGCAUACGUGUGCAUGUGUGUGUUGUGUGUGUCAGGCACUGGGAGCAGCAAGGCACGUUUGAGGGGUAUGCCAUCGACGUGCCGCCCAACAUGACCGCCAAGCUCUUCUCUCGCCUUCUCGACUAUCUACAGGUAGCUGACAUGACACCCUACUGCAAGAGUGACACACAGGGCAUCCCGACGUGUGCCUGCAGAUACCCAUCGAGGCCAACACGCCUCAGGUCCCAUCAGCCGCCCAGCUGGCGCACCCCCACGCACAGGCAGCAACCGCGCCCGUCUGCAUCUGCUCUCUCAAGUUCCUCACCAUCGCGUCGUGUUGGGAGUUUAACGCGCUCCACGGCAACCAGGAGAAGGCCACCAAGUUUGUCGCGUACCACCUUAAGCCAGCAUUGUUCAACUUCGCCUUUAGCGAGGCGUGUCUGAAGCUGCUUGUCGGUCUGAAUCUCGCCCCAUCGAAGGCCAAGGUGGACGAGGCAAUCCUCUCGCUGUCGUGCUACGAGAGUAAUCGGCCGAGUGAGGGAUGGAACAGAAGCACGCAGAGGUACGCGCCCGAUGUGUCGACCAACUGGAUCCUGUCGCUCUUCUGCACGGCUCCCGGGAGGGGGGCGGUCAUUCGGCAAAUCGCCAGUGACAACGACUUCAGGGGUCAGAAAGAGAGAGAGGAGAGAGAGAGAGAGCCCAUUCAUAUGGAAAACGGAUGCACACACGGAUAACGGUGUUUGUGUCUUCAUGCGUGGGUGUGUAGGUAUCACGGCGUUGUGGGUAGAGCGGACGGAUGUGCGCGGCAAGACUGUGCCGGCCCUGCUGCUAUCGCUGGACCUGGACGAUGUGGACGGGCAGAUCUGGUACGACAUGUAGCGCCCUGUGUACCAUUCGUAGGCAGGUACAGGUAGUGAUAGCCCCUCGUAUGUGCCUUUCUGUAUUAUCGCUGGCUGGGGUGGGAGAGAGAAGCCCACCCACACGUGCCGUGCCUGUCUGUGGGCGAGAUGGAGGGAGGCACUGUGUAUGUGUAUUUUUCCAUCCAAUGGCAGCACAGCAACAGCACCCAGCCAGCUGGCCAUUAGCUUGCCGUCCAGCUUUUCAUGUCUGUCCCUUGCCGUGUACUGUACAAUGAUAUCGCAACCUAAUCGGGUCAUACAGUGGUGUCGUCAUGCGUUCCUCAUGUGUCAUCUUGCCACUGUCCGCAGCACUGACGGUUCCAUCGGUGCUGCGGCGAGAGGCAGGCAGGCGACAGAGCAACACAUGAAGGCAGGCAGCUGCGACACAAAAAAGAACGAGAGACAGGCACAUAGGGAGUGACGGCUGCUGUACAGUGUCGUGCAGUGCAUGUGUCUGUGUGCGGUUGCGGGAAGACAGAGGCCAUUCUCUCCUUUUGUGAUGCCGGUGUGUUCACUGGGUGAGAGAGAAAAGACCGGGGCGGCGCGGCAGGGAGGGAGAGAGUGGCUGGCUUCCAGCAUGUGAGGAUUUGGACUGAUUUGGACAUUCUGCCAGCCACAAUCAAAGCCUCAUGUGUGAUAUGAACCAGAAAACGAU